UGGCGACAGCCUGUUUCCAACAAAGCUCCCCCCUACCACACUACCCCCGCCCCCCUCUAUCUUCUCCCCCAUUUUUCCCCUCACUCCUCUCUUCCACCAAUCCUCCCUCUUUUUCCUCUGGUUAGGUUUUUUUUUUUCGCGAUUCUCUCUGGCGACCGGAAGAUUCAAAAUUUGAGCUCUCCAGAUCAAGGUUCUUCAUCCUGUUGUCUUUAGAGCAAUUAUAACGUUGAACAUUGAAUUGGGCGUGAAUAUAGGUAGAGUUCAUUGUUGAAGAAGAGCGAAGAAAGGAGAGUAGAAUUGAUAUUUUGGGGUGUGUGUGAGGUGGGGUUGGUGAUCAGAUCUUGAGAGACUGUUAAUAUAUGGUAGUUUUGAGGUUGAAAGGUGUUAACAAGAAUAAAUCUGUGGUUUCACUUGUGUUGUUGCUGUUGAGGAGGAGUGAGGAGGGUGGUUCAUGUGGUAGAGGGAUUUCAGGUCUCCAUGCUGUCAGAGAGCAUGCGUGCAAUUUGUGGUUUGGGUAAUGCCCCAUUCGAGAGUUGCUAGUGAUGCACUAGGUGUAUUUACUAUUUUGCUUGUUUCUAUUUUGGUACUUUUUGGGUUGUUCUGCAUCUUGUACUUGGUCUACCUUCACACGAGGAUUUACGGGCAAGGUUAUAUUCAGCUUGGCUAUUUUAAUGGUCCUUGGAUUAUCCGUAUUACGUUUAUAUUGUUUGCAAUUUGGUGGGGUUUUGGGGAGGUUGUUCGGCUCAACUUGUUCAGAGGCGACGGGAGAUUGUUGAAUGCUCUUAGCUUCAAAUGGCAGGAAACUGUUUGCAAGUGUUACAUUGUUUCGAGCUUAGGUUUUGCAGAACCUUGCCUUUACCUUACGGUCGUGUUUCUCCUUCGGGCGUCCUUACAGAAGUCGGGAACUUUAGGCCAGAAAUGGAAUGGCAAAACAGCUGGAUAUAUACUUCUCUUUUGCCUACCGGUUUUUGCUCUACAGCUCAUACUUAUUACGGCUGGACCGCAAUUUAAGAAGGAUUACAUUAGCAAAUUGCCGCAUUAUUUCACUAGUCCAGUUAAGCGAUCUACGAAUGAUCAGGAUGUUGCCCUCUGCACUUACCCUCUGUUGAAUACUUUCUGCCUUGGUCUUUUUGCCAUCAUACUGACUUCUUAUUUAUUCUGGCUUGGUAGAAGAAUCCUGCAUUUGGUUAUCAAUAGGAGUCUGCAAAAGAGAGUAUACAUGCUAGUGGUAUCAGUUUCUGCUUUCUUUCCUAUAAGGGUUCUAUUGCUUGGUUUAACUGUUAAAACUCAGCCAGAAUAUUUACCUUUUCAAGCUCUUGCAUUUGUGGGUUUUGUUUCCUUCUUUUGUUGUAUUGGGUUGGGCAUCUUCAUGCUCGUUUUCAUGCCCGUGUGGGAUUCUUUAGCAUUGAAGAAGAGCUCAGAGAGGGAUAUAGAGGCUAGGAGAAGGUUAAGUGAUGAACAAAAUGAUACUGUUUCUCUAAUUGCUAACCUUGGAGGAAGUAUGGUCAGCAGUCCUGGGAGAAAUUCAGCUACCUCAACGAAGCGAGGAUCCAUCUCCUUUCGAACAACGGACAAGGAUGAAACUACUUCAGGGGCCUUUGUGGAAUUAAGUGUAUUCUCUCCUAGUCAGCAUUCAUCCCCUCCUGGCUCACCUCAACUUCUUGGCUGGCCUAUGCUACCACCCUCACAAGCUCAAGGUCCCUUAUAGUUUCUUGGGGCUGUAUCUUUCUUGUAUUCUCCUAUUACUGUCAUGGUGGUGGAUUAUAACUGAAAGGUCACUUUUUUGGGUUUUAUAUCGUUUGUGUUCAUUAUCUGAGUGAUUUCGAUGUUUGGUACAUUUUUUACUAGUAAUAAUUAGGACUUGCGAACAUGAUGGAGAGGUGAAAUCUAACAAAAUUUGCUGUAUAAAAGGUUUUCUUUCAUUCUUUUGUA